GAUGGGGAUGGAGACGCUCCUUCAGGUAUACUUGACCAAGGCCGUUUAGGGCUUUAAAGGUCAGUACCAGCACUUUGAAUUGUGCUCGGAAACGUACUGGGAGCCAAUGUAGGUCUUUCAGGACCGGUGUUAUGUGGUCUCGGUGGCCGCUCCCAGUCACCAGUCUAGCUGCCGCAUUCUGGGUUAGUUUUAGUUUCCGGGUCACCUUCAAAGGUAGCCCCACGUAGAGCGCAUUGCAGUAGUCCAUCAUCAUCUCCUGCCACUUCUAUUUGACUUAGUUCUUGAGAUGCCUACUCAGGGAAAAAGUGGUGAAUGCACAGUUAUCUGCAGCAGGUUCCAAAGUGAGAACAAAUACAAAUAAUACAUUCAGCUUAUCUCCUCCUCCUUUAGUAAUCCUUUUACUCUUCUGUUGUCUAGCUGCUCAGCCAUCUCUCUACUUGUCUUUUCUGCUUCUGAUAAAUGAUAUUGGAUUGUAAUAGAGUAGGUAAUAGAGUAAUAGAACUGUAAAGUUGGAAGGGCCCUAAGCACAAUCUAGUCCAACCCCCUGCAAUGCAGGAAUAUGCAGCUGUUCCAUAUGAGGAUUGAACCUGCAACCUUGGCAUUAUCAGCACCAUGUUUGUAUCCAGUUAAAUUUUAUUUACAGUAGGCCCACUGAAAUUAAUAUACCCAAGUUAGUCAUGUUUGCUAAUUUCAAUGGAUGGUAUUAUUGUGGGAGUGGAAUAUUUUCCGCUUGUGCAACGGGACUUCUCCCUUCUGCCCCUAUGCAUGCUUUGAGACCCCCAGAGCUGAUUUAGGGGGCAUGCAGGGGAAGAAGGUUUCAUUGUGCAAGGGUAAAUUUCACCCAGUGGGUCUACUAACAUUCUUGACUAUAUUUUUACCAAUUUCAUUCCAUAGUUGAGGGUGCAUGCCAUGAAUUUGUAGUCAAAGUGAACCAGCCAAGAAGAAGAGGGAAGUAUUAGUAUGUUUGAGAGAUCCCCAAGGUUUGCAGAAAUAGAAAAAAAAACUCCAGGAAAUGAUAAAAAAGAAAACUUGAAGCAAAAAAAUGACAAGUCUGCGCAUGCUUGUGGUCACAUUGAGGAAGGGAGAGGGAAGAAAAAGCAGAGCUUGGAUCCAGAAGUGUGACACUACUAAGACACACUUACAAGCCGGAUUCAAACUGUACAGGGACGUUGAUUGUGUUGGCUGAUGGCAGAGGAUGAAGGAAAAGGGCGUGUGUAUUAUUUCAACCAUAUUACAAAUGCCAGCCAAUGGGAACGCCCCACUGGAAACAGCAAGAAUGGACAGGGAGAGCCGACUAAAGUGCGAUGUUCACAUCUCUUGGUGAAACAUAACCAGUCUAGGAGACCUGCAUCAUGGAGGGAGGAUAAGAUCACCCGGAGCAAGGAGGAGGCCCUGGAGUUAAUUAAUGGCUACAUCCAGAAGAUUAAAUCUGGGGAAGACUUUGAAUCCUUAGCAUCACAAUUCAGUGACUGCAGCUCAGCCAAGGCAGGAGGAGACCUGGGUGCUUUUGGAAGGGGUCAAAUGCAGAAACCUUUUGAAGAUGCCUCGUUUGCGUUGAGGCCUGGCGAGAUGAGCGGACCAGUAUUCACAGAUUCAGGGAUCCAUAUCAUCCUACGUACAGAGUGAAAGUGCCUUGGCGCGCGACACACUUGGAAAGGAAAGGGUGGCGGGGAAAAGGAACAAGAGAACCUUUAUUCCAACCCCUCUGUGUGCUCUCUAUCCCCGAACAAACUCCAUAUCUAGCUUUUCAAUUUUUUUUAUUUUAUAUAUGGAAAAACACACCCCUUGUUUUUCCUAUCACAAUGCCUCCUUUGGCACCUCAGCGCAAUGUCUUUCCCCACCUGUAGAGAUGCAUGGUUAGCCGAGGCAGAAAAUGCAUUUGAAACUAAGAGACAGCAGCAUCUUUCAUAGGCACAAGUGUGGAGGAUGUUUUAAAGGAAAUAAAUAAAUAAACCCACAGCCACUUGAGUCUGAUAUUGACGGUUUCUCCAGUUCAGGAGACACGCCUGUGCUGCAGGCUCAUACUUUCUCUCCACAUCCAACUUGUAAUAGAGUUAUUUAUUACAGGGCUCCACUGAUGGUGGCAAAACUUAGCUCUUGGUGUUUUAGAUAGAAAGAAAAUAUAUUCCACUAGUGUCCGCCCUUGUUUAGGUUAAAAUGUAAUGCCUCCUCCCCCAACCCCAUCUCUAUCCUCUUCUCUCGUUUGGAAUUCAGGGCAUUGAGUUUUCCCGUUGACCAAUCAUUGCUAAAUUGCUCUUGGAUCUGUAAUGAAAGCCAUUAUUCUGCAGUAUGGCCUGGCAGAUUUCCUUUGAAUUGUGAAUUCAAAUAAUAUAUACAGUGCCCUAACUGAGCUAGGAUAAUCCACGCUUGGAGCCCACUGGGCUUCCCCAUUCACUUCCAUAGAAGGGAAAUUUUUCCAUGUGUGCAAAGGGAUGUGCAGGUGGCAUUGCCCCCUCCAUGGAAGUGCAUGGAAGAGAACUGCUUGUGCGGGAAUUCAAUGCGGGUGUCUGAGCAUGCCCAGGGCUCUGGAUCCAGAGGCCUAACUUUUAACCUGCCAUGUGUUAGCUUCCAGUAUGUUUUCACGUUGACUUAAAACUUGAAGAUGCCUUUUAAGGACAAGCAAAGACUUUAGCCAUUGAUGCCCUUCCCAUUCAGCUUUCCCCUCCCCAAAUUUAUACCUGUGUAAAAUUAUAUUACAAUUGUAUGUUAGCCAUUCCUGUGUGCAGUUCUUGCUGUUGAAAUGCCAUCCCAAAGGAAGACUGUUAGACAUAGACUUCCAGGUUUUUUCACCCUUUCCCUUUUUUUUCCAAAGAGGCAGGUCAUGAUCCAUUUGUGGUUUAAGAAUACUGUAAAGUCACCCUUUCUGUUAUGCUACGUUGCUUUCUGUUUACUAAGAUCAGUAAGAUUCCUACCAAGUUCCUUGCUUUUGGUCUGAUGCAAGCAAGCUUUGUGUGUGUAUAUAGAUGUAUAGAGAGAGAGUGUUUGAGUUCUCUUAUGCAAGAAGAAUUAAAAAAACCCUCACCUGUUAAACAUCAUAAGUUUGACCUUGUCCCUUUCUUUCUUGACAUCUUCUUGUACGUAUCUCGUUUUGUUGUUUUUCUCUUGCAAGGUUUGAUCAUAAACUGGAAUUCUUCAGGUAUAAAUAAAUAAAUGAAUAAAGUUUUUAGUGCAGGCCCCUGCAGCUUGUGAACCACCAAUCCCAAAUGCCGUUUGCCUGGCCAUUCAUGGCGACUCCUUUAUUACUUGCCAAAUCCUAUGUUGGAUUUGCAGUGCUGAGCAGCCUGGGGGGCAGAGAAGGCUGGUGGGCAACUGCAUGUAUCUGCUGUGCGGUGUUUGGUUUGGUCACAUGCUUGCGCUAAAAACCUGAUUUGAAGUGUUUAGUGGAGCAAAACCUUUCUGAGAGUCUCCUGGACUUGUUCACAUUUAGUGGGAUUUUUUUCUCCAAGUCCAUUUUAAACAGGAGGCCCCGCUUACAGCUGUGUGACUAAUUUGGUUUGUGUGUGAGAGAUGCACAUUCCAAUUCCAAUUUAGUGAAUUGGGAUCUAAGUUUUAAUCUUGCUUUGGCACCUUCUAAAUGUUCCAUAUUAGAGGUUGGGUGUACAUUUAACCUUGAGAGUACCAAUUUUUGGAACAAAACUUGGUCUUUUGGAUCUUGCAUAAAUUAGGAAUAAUUAAAUAGGACAAUUAUGUGCUGCAGACAGAAUAUAUUAUCCCCAACCCCACAGAAAAACCCACACAAUUUAGGCAGUGGGGUGCCAUGAACAGAGAGCACAAGCAGUGCAUUGGAUCUGGCUGGGUCCCAAAGCAAACUGGUUAGAUUAAGGUUGAGCUGUGUCUCUUGGUUGAGGCAGCCCUGGGUCACCUGGGGUUGGUUUGAGCCACCCAGAGCAAACGGGGGUUGUCAAAAGGGAGAGGGAUGGUGUGGUGGCUUGAAAGGGUGAGAGGAAAUGUGUAGGAAGCCUAUGUAAUCUUCCCCCACCCCCAGGGCCACAUGUUUAAUUUGAUUUUAAAACUGUAAUUAAACACUGCAAGUCCUCCAGGUCAGCUCAGGCCGGGUUGGAGCAGGGCUGCUCUGAAGCACUGGAUCAGGCCUCUAAUUGGAUUGGGGGAACAGUGUACAGCCCUAACAUAGACCCAUUACACCAGUGUCAGCAGCACCCAAAAUCUGACACUGGCUGUUAACCAAACAACAACAAGAAGAAAUUGAAUUUUGGGCAAUUGACCAUUUUAAAGUUGUACACCUUUCUAUUUGAAUUCAAGUGAAGAAAGACAAUUUUUGUGUGCUCUUGUGAUUUCUGUGAACCCUGGUUCUGAAGCAGCCUGGUCUUUACCAGUAAUCCAAUGAUAGGAUUAAAUGGAAACAUUCACUGGGCCCUUGUCUUCAGUUUAAGAAGCUUCUGCAGAACUGAAACUCAUGAAAAUAAGUCUCCUGAAAUCGUACUCGGUUGCUAUCUUGUGCCAGUUGGCUGAAGUCCUGCACUGUAAUGGAAUUUAUGUUUGCAAGGUAGUCUCAGUGGGGAUUUGGUGGACCAGAUGCAGGCCAGUUGUCAUGCAGGGGCUUGCUGUGUAGCAACCUUCCCCAUCCUGGUACCCUCCAGAAGUUUGGGGUUUCACCUCCUAUCCCCCCUGACCAUUGGUCAUGCUGGCUGGGGCUGAUGGGAGGUCAACAGCAUCUGGAGGGCAGCAGGUUGGGGAAAGUUGUGGGGAGGAAGUUGCCAAAACCAUUACACCCCACGGGCACUCAGUGAGAUCAUUAUUGCAUUCACUUGGCUACUUGCAUUGGGGUGUCUUAAAUCAAGUCUUUCUGAAAACUCACCUCUUUCCUGUGGCAUUCUCGCGAAUAGUUGGAGACUCAUCUCUGCAGUGUGGUUGGUGGGGACGAGAUACAGCAUCUCCUUUCCCUGCUCCCUCCAGACUGUAUAAAUUUUAAAACUAGCCCCGCUCCCCAAUUGAUUUGGGGCCAGAUCCAGGUCAGGUGUUCCUUGGGUUGGCCUGAUAUGGGGGUCAAUGUGCACAGCUAACAAAUGACCUUAUCCCCUUUUAAAUCUUCAAUCUCUCAGAAUUUCUGAACAACAGGUGCUUCCUGCUAGUAAAUAGAGAGUAGCUGUUCUUGUUUUUACAGGCGCAACUGAGCUGAUGUGUGUCUUGCCGAAGGGCCCACUGAGUUUUUUUACAGGUAAAGUGCAAGUCUGUUCACUACAUCAAACAUCUCACUUUGGAGUAUCUUGCAGGGCAGAUGCAUUUGCAGUAUUGCAGGCAUAGGGUGUUCACCCCAAACAGUUGGUGGGGGCAGGGGAAAUGUACCUUGCCCAAUAUCACCGCCGCAGUUCCCCUCACAAUCUAAAUUUCUUGGGGAAAGGAUAUUGGAGCAUUGGAUGGAAGUUUGUAUCCAUGGCAACUCAUUGAUUUCUUUCUUUUUCUGUAUUAAUCUCCCAGCUGCGGAGUGACAGGCAGGUGAAAUUAGAGGAGUGGAAGCAAAUUUACCCCAAAUGAGCAUGGUGAGCCCAGGAUGAAAGGAGGAGAAAGAGAAAUGCGGGUAGCAUCUUUGAUAAAAAGUUGGUGAGAUGGCCAGGAUUAAGUAUUGGCAAAUGGGUAACUCCUGAAGCAGAGCUUGAGCAUGACCUUCCUUUCUGCAACACAGUACAGUCUUCAGCUAAUUCUACCUUGUGGGCUGACUAAAUCAGGAUUAACCUUUCCUCAGUCAAAGAUAGCUAGUUAAGCCUUUCUCAGUAUCAAAUAGGGAGCACAAUCCCCACUGAAAUGGAGGGAGAGCUGUGCUUUUUGCAUAGCUCAUUGAUUUCCAUGGAGGUUGGGAAGGAGAAGAUCCCCUCUGGUUUGCAUCCUAGAUGGCCACUAUUGUCUCUCUAACAGCAACAAAACAUCUCCAAAGUAUUGCCUACAGUGCUUGCAGUGUCCACAUUGACACACAAUGCUAAACCAAAUAAUGGCUUAGAGUAAACUCUGCUCCUUCCUGGUGCUUUUGCUCCUGCCCUGCCCUGCCCUGUGUUAAUCUGUAAUGAAUGAAUGAAUGAAUAAUUUAUUAUGGUCGGAGACCAGCUUUUAAAACAAUCCCAAAGGACAAAACAUACAUAUAAAACUUUAUACAAUGAUGAAAUUAAUGUUUAUAAAUACAAUGGGUGUAAAGGUACUUAAAACUUUAAGAGAAGCUGCCGCAGAGAACAGGCCCUGGAUCGCUUAGGGAACUGAGUUUAAGGACUUUCAAACGAACUAGUUUGGCUCAGGGGAAGGUCUAUGUCUGCCGAUCUGAACACAGAAUCUGGCGACCAUUCGGGUUGUCUUCUCAUCUUUGCCUAACAGGAGCAGGAUGUGUAUUUGCUUUUCCGUGAGGUCAGCUAGCC